AUGGGGAAACCUGAUAUAAUAAUGCUUGGUGAUUGUAUAGAGGAACACAAAGAACCCGAUACAGAGGAUACACCACUAAAAACAAAAAAUGAAGACGUCAAGAACAUACCUAAGAGAACUUUUGUAGAGAAAAUAAGAAACAUCAAAGAGAAUGUGACAGUUGAACCCAUAAUGGCAUGCUAUAUAAUGCCAAGUGUACUAGCGUCUCUGGCGACUCAAAAUUUGAAUUUGGAAAAAGCAUGCCUUGUUAAUUUGAAUUUUACAACUGAAGUGUGUGACGCUCUGAAGUCAAGGAACACAGAAAACUAUACGAUAUACGAAAAUCAGGUACAAACAUUAAUAGCAAGUAUUCAAGCUUGGAAAAACAUUAUUCAAACGGCUUUUCCAGUUCUCAUCAUUCUAUUCGUUGGUGCUUGGAGUGAUAAGACUGGAAAAAGAAAAGCUUGUAUCCUAAUGCCGAUUUUCGGGGAGUUCUUGACAUGCGUGGGAUUUCUCUUAAACACAUAUUUCUUUUACGAACUACCAGCAGAAGUGGCUGCGCUUACUGAGUCUAUAUUCCCAGCACUGACUGGUGGAUGGUAUACGAAUUUUAUCGGCGUAUUUAGUUACAUAAGUGACAUAACCACGGUUGAAGAUCGGACUUACAGGGUUGGGAUUGUUAACCUGUGCAUGUCUCUGGGUUACCCCAUUGGGAGCGCAUUGAGUGGGAUUCUUUUAAAGAUGAUAGGAUACUACGGAAUAUUUUCCUUGUCAGCUAUGCUGUACGUAUUUAGUAUAAUUUAUGGUAUACUUUACUUGCACGAUCCAAAACCGAAGGUCGUGGAGAAAAAACGCAGUGGAUUAACUGGGUUCUUUGUAGAGUUCUUCGACUUCGGACUGGUAAGCGAGACCUUUAAAGUUGCAUUCAGGAAAGGACCUGGAAGCAGAAGACUUCAUGUUUGUGUUUUACUGAUCGUAGUGUUUGUGGUCUUUGGACCAUUGCAAGGAGAAUACACUGUUAUGUACCUUUUCACAAGAUAUCGGUUCAAUUGGGAUGAAGUAAUGUUUAGUAUCUGGUCUACUUACAGUAUCGUCACAAAUCUCAUUGGUACAGCCUUUUCCAUGACCCUAUUCAGUGGUUACUUAAAACUCCAUGAUACAUUACUUGGCGCGAUAUCUUGCAUGAGCAAAAUCAUAGCCUCCUUCGCAUAUGCCUUCGCGAGAAAUGACCUGGAAAUCUAUUUGGCACCAUUAUUGGAGAUAUUAAAUGGAACAUCAUUUAUAGCAAUGAGAGCUAUUGCAACAAAACUGGUGACUGGUGAAGAAUUCGGUAAAGUGAAUUCGUUGUUCGGUCUAGCUGAAGCUAUGACCCCCCUUUUGUAUGGCCCCCUCUAUUCAAGGGUGUACAUAGCUACUCUAGACGUGCUUCCGGGGGCAGUGUUUCUGUUGGGAGGAUUCUUGACUGUUCCUGCUGUUGUUAUUUUCGGUUGGCUUUACUUUGAACACAAAAAGGAUGCGAGAAGAAAAAUCACGGAAAAACCAAUCGACGCUGAAAAUGUACCUGAAAAGACUGGUAAUGAUAGUGCAACAUAG